GGCUUGCCGGCUCCGGGCGCCGCGAGUCCUCCUUUUUGCACACACACGAAUACAAAGAGCCAUACGACCUUCGGAUGCCAGGAGGGCCUUCUGAGUGCCCUCUGUUCCUUAGAAUGCAGUGGCCCGGAUGUGUGGGUGCAGGAAGGAUGCCUUCCACCCUAUGACGCUGCCCUCCUCAGAAGUCCCCUGCCAGUAGGGGGCGAGUGUGACACUCGGUGUGCUGUGCUAGGGGACCAUAGAAUCUGCCAGUAGAAGGUGGCAUCUCUCCUCCUCCCCACGCAGGCUGAGGAGAGGCAGCCAUGGACUGUGUGCUCCUUCACGGCUGGCCCACUUCUCCGUCGCGGAUCCCACGGCCAGGAGCCGCAGCUCCUCUGACCAUCCGCCGUGGGAAAGCAAAGUGAAAUCUGACGAAGAGGCCAGCGCUUCCGAAGUCCACUGACCUUAGGCCCUUCGGAGCUGUCCAGGGUGUGAGCACGGUUGUCAUUGAGUUCAUCAGCCAUGUCCUUCAGUGCCACCAUUCUCUUCUCCCCUCCCAGCGGCAGUGAGGCCAGAUGCUGCUGCUGUGCCUGUAAGAGCGAGACGAGCGGGGACAGCGCAGGCUCUCAGGGCAGGAACCCUCCUCCAGGAACCCCCAUCACGGUGACUGGACAUGGCCUGGCAGUUCAGAGCUCUGAUCAGCUCCUGCAUAUUAUCUACCAGCGCGUGGACAAGGCAGUGGGGCUGGCUGAGGCCGCUCUGGGUCUUGCCCGGGCCAACAAUGAACUGUUAAAGCGGCUGCAGGAGGAAGUAGGUGAACUAAGGCAAGGGAAAGUGUGUAACCCUGAUGAGGAUGGGGAGAGCCGGGCCCGCAGUCCCCCAGCUGAGGAACCUGGGCCCCUCAAGGAGAGUCCUGGUGAAGCCUGCAAGACUCUGUCUGCUGUGGAGGAGGAGUGUGACAGCGUGGGCAGCAGUGUGCAGGUGGUGAUCGAGGAGCUGCUGGGGGCAGCCUCAGCCGUGGGGCCUGGGCCUCUGGGCUUCCCGGCCCCUCAGAGAGACCUGAGGCUCCCAGGAUGCGCCCUGUCUGCCAGCGAGGGGCCCCCGCUGCUGCAUCCUCUGGUGGAUGAUUAUGUGGCCUCUGAGGGUGCAGUACAGCGAGUGCUUGUCCCUGCUUAUGCCAAACAGCUUUCUCCAGCCACACAACUGGCUAUCCAGCGGGCAUCCUCAGAGACAGGACCAGAGAAUGGAGCCAAGCUGCCACCACCCCGUCCUGAGGACAUGCUCUGUGCUGCUGCUGCGUUGGACAGUACCUUGGAAGAGUCUGGCCCUGGGAGCACCGGGGACCCGAGACACUCUCUCGGGCUCACUGCUUCCCCGUGCAGGACCCGCGUGAGUGGGCAGAAGAACUCCAGGCGCAAGCGAGAUCUAGUUCUCUCUAAAUUGGUCCACAAUGUGCAUAACCACAUCACCAAUGAGAAGAGAUUCAAUGGGUCUGAAAGCAUCAAGUCCUCUUGGAAUAUUUCAGUCGUGAAGUUCCUUCUGGAAAAGCUCAAGCAGGAGCUGGUGACCAGUCCCCACAAUUACACUGACAAGGAGCUGAAAGGAGCCUGUGUAGCCUACUUCCUCACCAAGAGGCGUGAGUACCGCAACUCUCUGAACCCCUUUAAAGGUUUGAAAGAAAAAGAAGAAAAGAAACUUCGAAGUCGCCGGUACCGGCUUUUUGCCAACCGAUCCAGUAUCAUGAGGCAUUUUGGACCUGAGGACCAACGCCUGUGGAAGGACGUGACUGAAGAGCUCAUGUCAGAUGAAGAGGACAGUCUGAACGAGCCAGGGGUCUGGGUGGCCCGGCCUCCCCGUUUCCGGGCCCAGCGCCUCACAGAGCUCUGCUACCACCUGGAUGCUAACUCGAAACACGGCACCAAAGCCAACCGUGUGUAUGGGCCUCCCUCAGACAGGCUGCCUUCUGCUGAAGCCCAGCUCCUUCCACCAGAACUUUACAACGCUAAUUUCCAAGAAGAAGAAGAAGAGGGAGGCGAUGAGAAUGGAUCUGUCUCCCCGUCUUUUGACCAGUCCCACAAAACCUGUUGUCCUGACUUGAACUCAUUCAUUGAAAUCAAGGUGGAAAAGGAUGAGUGAAGUCUAUCAUCAAGAAUAACUGUUUUUUGCCACUUCUGUGUCCCAGAAAUGGGAGGCCACAGGUCUUCUCAAAAUAAGAUACCCUCUGCAAUCUGAGAAAGUAGAGAUUUGCCUCUGUUUGUAACAGACUCUGGUGGGCUAAAAGAACAUCUUUAGAAGGAGGGACACUCCCCACUGGGAAUGGCAAGCCAGAAAUUGCUUACUCCUAAGCGUAAACCGCACCUCAGAGGAGCCUGGAAUGAGAAAAGGAAGAUGGGACUGAGAAGCGUGAGGCCUUCCCAACACAUGUCUGGGUCUUGGAGUUGCCCCCUGUUCCCGCAUCCCUCUCACCCAAAGCUCAGGGGAUGCAGCUUUGGUUGUAGCUUUUGCUUCCCCAGACUUGCUGGUCUCUCGCUGCAGUGGAAGAACAGGACUAGCCCUGCAUCAUACUGCCACCUGGUGGGCAGUUUCAUCCACGGACGUGACUCUGGGAUCUAGAUAUAAUAGCUGUUGUUUAUUGAAUCAUAUAAGGAAGAUUUUAUUAUUCUCAUCUUACAGAUGAAGAAAUUAAUGAAUAAAGAAUUCCCAUGUUUCA